GUCCUUGUCCUCAAUCGGUCCGACAUCUCCAGCAAGGAUCUUCGACUCAAUUGCAGUCAUCUGUUUGUUUGACCGAAACAAACAGCUAAUCUUUAAUCAGUCAGCUAGUGGACUGAUUGCAGUUGGCGUUAACCCUUACUAAGCAACCUUUGACAAUCUACAAUGAACGGAGAACAACCACCUACCGAAGCGGCCGGUGACACGCUCACGGAUCAGGAACGAAAAGCCAUUGCGGUCGGACAGUGCAACUACAUGUUUCUGGCGCUAUUGUCCGUGGCGGCUCUUGUCUGUGGAAAUAAUGCGGCGUGGACGUGCAACUUUGCAGAACGUCGAGUGACUUACAAGGAUCAGUUUGAUCUGGCAUCGACCUGCUCUGCCGCCAAUUUUACAUACGAUCUGAACACAGCCCUCUGCAAUACAAUACUUACCGAGCAUGGAGUGGGUUUCUACCACUGGUAUGGGACCGUUCCCGUAAACACCAAAGUCUGCAUUAGUUAUACCCUUCUCUUUCCCUGGGGUUGGAUCACACCCGAGUUUGAUGCAGCAUUCACAGCAGCACAAACGUUUUCGAUAAUGGCCAAUGUUUUUGGGGCUCUUGCCUGGUUCACGAUGAUUUUUGCCACGUGUUGUCCAAUGUCCCAGGACCGAAUCAAAGGGCUAAGCUGCUAUUUCUCUUUUGCAUGCAUCUGCCAAUGUUUUACCUUCCUGCUCUACUCUAGCAACAUUUGCUCUGUGGAUUGGUUCAGUCAAUAUGUCCCCCAGUUUCAGAUGCGUGAUGCCAUUGAGAGUGUCACUUGCUCUUUGGGAUUGGGUGCCAAGUAUAGCAUUGCUGCUUCCGUGCUGUAUUUGGUAUGCAGUGGUCUUGCCCCUGCAGCGAUUGCCCCACCACCCAUUGGGUAUCGACCAGGACAGGCACCGUCCUAUUAUCAACAACAACAACCCGUACCCCAACAAGAGGCUCAAGCGCCACCAGGAGAAACACCUGCCGCAGACCCUGAAAAUCAACAAUCUGCAGCACCAGGGGGUCAGGAUUGAUGUUUGUACGGGCUUGGUCCCGUCAUAUCUUGUAGUGUGCUGUGUAAAUGUUUGUGAUGACGAGAAUCAUGUAUGUGUCGACGUUGUAUGUAAGAGUUACAGAACCUUUUUUUAAACUUAGAGAUUGAUUAGCUAGCC